CACCAGAAGCCAACCAGUCGCCGUGCCGUUCAGAUCUAUAAAAGUUACAUCGCUUGUUUCGUGCUCGUGUCAUACAUGUUCAGUGCUUCAAAAUGGUUUCAAAAGUGGGUCAUGUCUUGGCUUUGGCCAUUCUGGCUUCCCUCGCCUGCACGGGCUAUGCCAUCAAGUGCUAUCAGUGCGAAUCUUUGACCAGUCCCAAGUGUGGCGAGAAGUUCGAGGCGGAUUCCAACCUGCUCUUGGACUGUGCUCGCAUUGCCCCGCCUCGUUUCCUGCAAACCGGCCCCUUCAUACGCAAUGCCACCGGCUGCAUGAAGAAGUCCAUUGAAGGCUUGCCCGGCCAUCCACAGAUCGUGCGCAGCUGCUACUUUGGUGACGUCAGCAAUACACAGACCGGCUGCCAGGCAGACCCCUCCCUGCCAUUCGUCAAGCAGCUCAGCUGCGACGUCUGCACCAAGGAUGAGUGCAACGGCUCCGCUUCCAUCGCCCCCAUUGCUGGAGCCAUUCUGCUGUUCUUCGGCGUGGCUCGCCUGCUGGCCUAAAGUCUUACUGGUGUCUUCAACUUCAGUUGGUAACUUAAAGUCGUAAACAUUUCAAAAGUAACUUAUGUAUUAUCAAAAUUUCAUAUCUCUUUUAUGUAAAAAAAAUCAAAUUUUAUUGACAAAAUUAAAACAGCUUUU